UCGUGGGCGGGCUGGCGAAGAAGUAGAAGUAGUGCUAGUAGACGGUAGCGAGAGAGAGAGAGAGAGAGAACGAGAGUUGAGAAUAGAAGAAGAGAGUGGAAGUCGGUGUCAGAUCAGGAACUCGUCGAGUCGGGAAGUUCGGUCUAGACAUUGGGACCACACGCCAAACACCUGUGUCUAGACCGGGAGGACCUAGAGACCACCUAUCGCGGCCUACUACGCUGCACGAUCGCGAGUCGCCUCACACGGUCCUAAAAUUCGGAAUCGAGAGCACGAUGUAGUAGCAGCAGCAUCAGAGGAUGCGUUAACAGCACAUUCUUUGCUGGUGAGAUCACUACCGACACUUUAGGCAACCGUGCAGGGAAAACCGGAAAUCGAUGACGAGAAUAGAGAGGGAGAGCGAGAGACAGAGAGAGAAAGAGCGUCAAGGUUUUCCCAUGGCUUUUCACACUUGAUGUUUUGGAUUUGUUUUUUUUUUUCGCGAUUGAUUGUGCCGCGUCUCUGUUUGUGUUAUCCGUUUUGAGAUCGACGCGCGACAGUCUGAUGUUGAUAUUGCUGUUGCUGUUUCAACUACUUCUCUCUCUGCUCCUGCUGCUAUGGGUGUGUUAUUUCCAGCCACACCAUUUUACUAUUUCCGUUCGUCUAGUGUUUGUUUUCGGGCCCGGCGACACUCUGACUGCGAUCACGCUGUGCCAUCUGCAUCGCGCGGCCAAACGUGCAGUUUGAUGCGGGAUGGUGCGUCGAUGCGUCAUCGCUUCUACGUUUACUUUUUUGUCUUUUGUCUUAAAUUUAGAACUAGAACGAUCGAACCGAGAAAGGUGACAGGGCGUGGCAGGUUAAAUCGUCAAAUUUCGCCGUAAGGCCCUAUUGCAAGAGUCUAUCAGUAAAUAACCACUAGUUUACAAACUAAGCAAUCUUGUUUUGAAUUUAUGAAUGAGCUGGUAUUUUUUUUUUUUUGGAGUCCGAAUACACAACCUUUACUAACACCACCAUAAAAAUCAAAUCAAAAACCAACAUCGUUAGCUCUUCUAUGGUGACUUUGACGAAACGGGAAAAAAUCGACCAAAAUUCUACCGAGUCUUUUUCAGACUUGAGUCUUCUUUUUGGUAACAGACGUGCGAUUCUGUCAAAUGAGACUUAAACUGGAGAUGCUUGUGGCGCUAAUCACACAAAUGCGAACGCUUUCUUAAACCUGGCGAGCAUAUGUUUUGAAACAGUUUUUUCCCCGGAAUUUCUGGAUUUAUUUGUGUCCGGGUCGUCGGCCGGAAAUUGCACAAAAUGCACAAAUCAUUGGAGAAAAUUAUAAAUGAUUGGAGAAGCUCGAAAAACUACCAUUAACUGUCGCUGGUUUGCGCAAUCUUCUACCUUCCUUCUCGCCUUCUAGUGAUCACUCCGCAUAGAUAGACAGCUGUGGCUCUGUCUGGCGUGUGUCCCUGAUAGCCGGUUAUCACCGGUAGAGAGAUAUCUAGCUCAUACAGUUCAUGGCGAGGUUUUUCAACCGUUGUAAAUCAGUCGUUAUUGACACUUGGAAUAGGGCCCGUUUUCGCUACGAUCCGGGCUGAUCCGCGAAUGCGAAUUUGACCAAGCAAAAGGGUAGAACGGUCGGAGGAGAAGGUAGCUCAUGCGCAACAAUAGAAAGAGGGAGAGAGAGAGAGAGAGAGCGCACGCAAAGUAAAGUAAGGGAGCCGCACUGUAAAGUGUUAGCGCUGAGACUGUUUUUGGAUUUCGAGACUUUUUCUUCUUCUUGUUCUGUCAGAUUAGCAGAUAAGCCAUCCCGUCACUACUAGGGAUGAUAAGAAAGAGAGGAAAAAAGAUCAAAAAGGUAGAAAGAGAGAGAGAGAGAGAGAGAGAGAGAGAGAGAGAGAGAGUGCAGUUCAAGAAAUGCAAAACCGCCAAAUCAGAAGAGAAAAAGAGUCAAAGAGCGCCGCCAAGUGGAAGAAGGGACAGAAUCAAAACGGGAAAUGGGGUCAACUGGGAACCACGGGCGAGCCCAUCAAUCCGACACCUGUCCUGGAUGACGAAAACGGGACCGGGGAGGUGUUGCGGAAGGGGAGGACCCCCUUGCGGCCAUCUGCACAAAUCCCGCCUAGCGUAGCGCAAACACCGAGCGGAGGACGGAGUACUCCGCGGAAUGAUGACG